UAUAGUUUAGUAAUAACAUUGUUCUAUUUUUUUCAGCGAAAGUAUUUCAAGCAGGCGCCGUAAGGCACUCCUUCAUUUAUACCAGAGGUCCUUCAUUGUAGUUUUGCGAGCAAGCUCCAAAAUGUCGGGGGAAGUGUAUCUUCUGUGGUUGCUAUCCUUUAUAAAAACGCUGUCGGCGUAUGGCUCCGAGCUGUCGUCGGAGGCUUGCAGAGACCUGGGCUUUUCCAGCAACCUGCUGUGCAGUUCCUGCGACCUGCUCGGCGAGUUCAACCUCACUAAGCUCCAGCCUGACUGCAGGCACUGCUGCCAGCAGGAAGCCCAGUUAGGCGCGCGCAAGCUCUACGCCGGAGCCAUCCUUGAGGUGUGUGGAUGAAAAUUGGGGAGGUUCCCUCAAGUCCAAGCUUUUGUCAGGAGCGACAAGCCGAAGAUGUUCAAGGGUCUUCAGGUCAAGUAUGUGCGCGGCUCCGACCCUGUACUCAAGCUUAUGGACGACAACGGGAACAUCGCCGAGGAGCUCAGCAUCCUCAAGUGGAACACAGACAGCGUGGAGGAGUUCUUGAGUGAGAAGUUAGACCGGAUAUAAACCUUUUAUUUUCUAUAGUUAAAGGGACAGUUUAUGACAUUUGUUUUCUCCACAUCAUCUACAUUUUAAACUUAGAUUAUAGACGGGGCGGAGAAAAAAAACAGUUGUGGUGAAAUGUGCCUUGUAGGUAUUUUGCCUCUUAGCAUCGUUAGAUAGCUGCUGAAGUCUCAGAUUUUAUACCUGGAAAAAUCAAUCUUACAUUUUCAAGGAAUAGAGCAAAUAUUAGCCGGAUUUUCCUUCCUUUCGUUUUUUUUGUCAACUUUCUUUUUCUAAUAGUGCUUGCAAUAGAAUAUGAAUAAAGAGGGAAUGGUUCCAAGUUGCUGUCUUAAAGCAGACGUAUCGGCAGUGGAACACUUGAGUGAAGACCUCACCUUAAACCAACUGUUGGGAAGUGAGCUCUGAUGUGUGUGUGUUCCUCUGCUUCGUUUGCUUCGGACAGAAACUGGACUUGUUGUUGACGAGAUUUCAAUAUGCAACAGUAAACAAUUAUUUUCUUUCAA